GCUGUCAUUCCAGCGCUUCAGUGUGAUCGUCUCUUACAUCACACCUCUCAGCUGCGGCAUCGACAUGCUUCCUCGACACUCUCUCUAUCCAUACAGCAGGAGGGCCAGGCAGGCGCAGUUGCCUUCUGGCAGAGCACGGCCAUUACAGUCACACUGACUCAUGACAAGCUCUGCAUGUCUGUCCAACAGGGUUUGGAGGGGAAGGAGGGAAACUCAAGGCUUACUGGACAGUGGGUCUAGGGAGGCUGUCUGCUCUCCUGCAUCUCCUCUAAACUCUGUCUCUGAUCUGCUGUGUGUUCUGUGUGUUAUUUCUAGAGCAUCCAGGUUGUAAUGCAAACUAACACAACAUACCUUCCAUCCCAGAGCCGUGCAGAGCUUCAUCCACGUGUGCGGUGUUGUUGUGGUCCAGAAUCUGUGACGUGUUUGGUGCAAUCUGUCCGAUCUGUGUCUAGGUGUGCCACUGCUGUUGCACUGAAAUGAGCUCUAAUUUGACAUUUCUGGUCCUUCUCACCAAAUCAGCGUAAUGGCAAAACUAAUUCUAUCAGUGAAACAUGUUAUAGUCAGCCACUCGCUCUAUGCAGGCUGCCGUGCUACAGAUCAGCAUUUCAACCCUCAGUGCUUUGUGUACUCUCCACUACAUCACUGAGCUGUUGCCCGACACUGUUUCUGUGCAGAGUGUGAACCUGCUCAUCUACACUGUUGUUUCUCUCACUUUGUAUGUUCCAAGGCCUGCAAGGAGGCAGGAAAAGCCCUGGUGGCAAAGGCCGCCAGCCCUCCUUUUGAGACCCAGCAUAAUCACCUGCUGCACUGCCUGGAGAAGACCACGAACCACGAGUUUGUGGACGAGCAGACGUUUCAGGCCAACUGCAUGGAGAUCUCUGUGAUGAACAAGUCGGGGUCCUGUGCGUCCUCGCUGUCCUCGUCUCCACACGGCCUCAGCUCGUGCUGCUCACGACGCCACAGGAAGAAGAACAGCUUCAGCCUGCCCAGCACAAACAACCAGGAGCUCAGCACCAUCCAGAUCAGAGAGAGGCCGAUGGUCAACAGCCGCUCCAGUCUGAAUGCCAAACUCGAUGGGACUGCGCCCUUGAAAUGUGACAAAUCUUACAUCACUCCUUCCAUGGUCAGCCUAUCUGCCCCGGUGGUGACCUCAUCGGACGGGCACGGCUCCACCACCACCUCCACAUACUCUCAGAGCAACAUUGUCCGAGUAUCUGCCUUGUAGAUGUCAUGCUUAUCUGAUCAGCAAACUGGUCUCAAGAAGCACCAGAUGCUGAGGAGAGGGACCACCGAGCAUCAACCUGCCAUAAUCUAGAGGGAUUAUAAGAUUAGCAGAAAUCUGGGUUUUUUGAAGUAGUGAUCUCAUCUGAUGUCAAACUCUGCAUGGUAUUACAAUGAUGUGGACGGCUGCCUUGGAUAUAUGAGCGAACCAGCAGAUCUUGCUCCAUUAAGCACAGCAGAGCAACGGGAGUGUUUGGACUGCGUGGUUAUCGUUGUUGCCUAAAAAUACUGAGAAAACUUUAUUUUUGAAUAUGUAAUGUAGUUGUAAUUGUUGUCUUCUGGUUCAAAGGAGGAGAGGCAGACGUUACAAGGUCAUUCAUCAUGGCCUCUGAUGACAAAGCACACAUAUUCAUUAACCAAGGGCCAUCUUUGUGAAUAUUAAAUCCGAAUACUUACACAGAAGAAACAUUCACUCACCACCCACUUAAAUAGAUCAUUUUGAAAUCCCUCAAUUAACUGCUUUCCAAUAGUCACUGUUGUAAAUUCAGAAAACAUGCAUCCACUGGAAUGGAUAACUGUUGUGAAUAUUCAUUAACUGACUCAUUAACUGGUUGGUGUCAUCGCUUGAUGAGUAAAAUAUGCUUCGCAUCAUGACAUGUUUGUGAAAUGUGCAAAUGCAAGUGAAAAUGACAGAAUCUGUGUUAACUUACAUAUUUGACAUUCUGAUAUGGAUCUAUGUGAAAGCCAUUGUCAUUAAUUAACAAUUGAUAUUGCGAAGUAUACAGGGUACAUACAGUAUUAGUUAGGUCACAAGGUAGGGACAUAAGUUAAUGUUCUCCGCAACACUUAACUAAUACUAACCCUAAUGUUGACUUAAACCAUAUGAAAGAGUGUUGGACAUCAAUUCCACUGAGUUGCUCUUAAAUUCUAAUAUUCAUUAUAAUCAGCGAGACUUGGUAGAUUUCACUGUGUUAAAGGACCAUUUUGUACAUUUUUCAUAUUGUAAAUAUCUCAGUUAGAAUUUAUCAAAUGCAUUUGAAGUUGGCUUCUCUUAUUUCUAGAUUUAGUUGACAGUUGUUGCCAUACUAUUUCUGUCUGUUAACUGGUUGAAUUAAGGAUUUGCAUGCUGUCAUUGCAGAGUUCUGUUUUAUUAAAAGUAUGUCUUCUUGUCGGAGGUUUGUCAGUAAAAAUGAGAUUAAUGAAAGGAAACACAAUGAGCCUGGUAUGUUAUGAUGUAAAUUCUUUGCUUUUAAUGAAAUGAAAAUCUUGUCAUGGGUGAGGAAAAAGGGAUAAAUAAUCACACAUUGUGCAUUUGGUGCAGUGGAUAGAAUAAAUACUGUAGCUCUACUGAAAAACCCAUUAAAUGACCCAUGUCUUUUGUUUUUAAUAGAGUGCACUUAGGUGGAUUUCAUCAUGUUUUGCCUGAUUACUCAAAGAGCUAAUAAUAAUAGGAUGGGAUAAUAAUUAGGUGCUGCUGGAGGACAUGUGAGGGCCUGACUGUCCCAGUGGUGGGGCUCUGCUGCAGGGUCUCUGGAGACAGACAGGCGGGCCUCAGUGAUUGUUUGACAGAGGCCUCCGCUGCGGCCCCCUGCUGAGCCCGCUGCGUAGGACCAGGCUGUUUCUCCCAGCAUGCAGCGUCUCCGCUCUGCCGUGUUAAAUAACCGCUGUGAAGUCAGGCAGCAUAAAAUCUAAGAUAACACAGCGGCAUAUCAAAUAAUAAAACCUCCUAUACCCAAAUUAAAAUUCACACUUUGACGUCUGGUUUAACUUUGUUACUAUGUGAACAAUGACUAGAGAAACCAUUAUAGUAUUCAGUUACAUACUGUAUAUUGAAUUUGGUCUAAAGAAAAGUAGUCAGAAGUGGAAAUAUUAUCACUUCUUAGUGAAUCUGGACACACAUUUUGUUUUCAACCUAUAAAACUCCGUCCUAAACUGAGGGUUCACUGCUGCAUAUAUGAUUGGGUUACUCAGUGAUGUGAUGCAGGUGACAGACACUGACAGGAUCUCCACUUCCUGAAUGGCUUUCACCUGAAAAAUCACAGGAAAUGAAGUGUUUGAGAACAGAUACAACUUGGAGUAAUUCUAUCAAUCUAAAGAAUAAAGCGUUUAAACCUUG